AUGCAGUCCGGUACGACGAGCCCUGCUCGUUCAUUUUCAGAACGCUCUGCUCUUCUUCCAAGUACUCAAGAUGCUGUCGAGCGCGGUGAGCCGUCGUACAAACAGAAUCCUCGUAGUUCUGCAUGGCCAAGAGUAAAUUAUUAUAUACCAUUUACUGCAUGGCUUCCGAAUUACUCUAUUUCUUUACUGGGUGGAGAUUUCCUUGCCGGGCUGUCCGUUGCUUGCAUUUUAAUACCUCAAUCUAUAUCGUACGCGACUUCUCUUGCAAGACUUAGCCCAUUAGCCGGCCUAUUCUCUGCAGCAAUACCAGGGAUUGUAUAUGCGCUUUUAGGAACUUCGCGUCAACUAAAUGUAGCUCCGGAAGCAGCUUUGUCGUUGCUUAUCGGACAAACUGUCCAAGGUGCAUUACAUUCAGACCCACAUGAUCAUCCGCAUAAUCCAGAUGCAAUUGGUAUUGCGAUUUCUACCAUCACGACCUUGCAAGUCGGAGUAUUUGCGUUCUUGUUAGGAUUCUUUCGCCUGGGAUUUAUCGACGUACUCCUGAGCCGGGCUUUAUUACGUGGAUUCAUCACCGCUAUAGCCGUCAUCAUAUCCAUAGAGCAAUUUAUUCCCAUGUUUGGCCUAUCGGAGCUAGAACAUGCACUCAAUCCGGAGACGACAUUAGACAAACUCAUCUUCCUCAUACGUAACGUCACUUCACAUGAACAUAGGCCCACAACAAUCAUCAGCUUUGGUGCCCUCGCCAUACUUGUAUUUUUCCGCUACUUCAAAGCAUUUUUCAAGAAUCAUUGGUUCAUUUACCGACUACCGGAGGUGCUCAUCGUGGUCAUAGCUUCUACUAUCCUCAGCAACGUCUUCGACUGGGACGACCUUGGAGUCAGUGUUCUCGGCUCUGUCCCCAUCACUUCCAGCGAGCGCUCGUUCGUCCGCUUUCCGUUGCAUCAGGCAACACUACGAUACGCGAAGAGCACAACGUCAACUGCAGUUCUAAUCGCAGUGAUUGGAUACCUAGAUAGUAUUGUCGCUGCGAAGCAAAACGCAUCCCGAUUUGGGUAUUCCAUAUCUCCAAACAGAGAACUCGUUGCACUAGGUGCCGCUAAUAUUGUUGGAUCUUUUGUCCCUGGCCUGCUUCCAGCAUUCGGGUCUAUUACGAGAUCACGCAUCAACGGAGAUGUUGGAGGACGCUCCCAGAUGGCUUCUCUGAUCUGUUCUGCGUUCGUACUCCUUGCGACGUUCUUCCUUCUGCCAGCCCUUUACUACCUGCCCCGUUGCGUGCUCGCUUCAAUUGUAUUCCUAGUCGUUUUCAGUAUUCUUGCCGAAGCACCGCAUGAUAUAUCUUAUUUCUGGAGAAUGCGUUCAUGGACUGACUUCGGCCUGAUGUCCAUCACCUUCUUCACCACUCUAUUCUGGAACGUAGAAGUCGGAAUCGUCUGCAGUAUCAUAUGUUCGCUCCUGCUUGUCGUUCACAAAUCGUCGAAGCCGCGCCUUACCAUACUCGGCCGCAUACCAGGAACUACGAGAUGGAAACCUGUUAACGAAUACCCAGAGGCAGAGGAAGACGUUCCCGGUGCUCUCAUCAUCCGUUUAAGGGAUAACUUAGAUUUUGCCAACACGGCUCAGUUAAAGGAGCGAUUAAGACGAUUAGAACUAUACGGACACGACCCAAGUCAUCCAUCCGACACUCCACGUAGAGAGCAGGCCUCUGUCAUAGUUUUCCAUUUGGCGGAUCUCGAGACUUGCGAUGCAAGCGCCGCCCAAAUAUUCUACGAACUUCUCGAAAACUACAAAUCUCGCAGUGUCGAAAUCUUCAUAGCGCACCUCCGUCCAUCAUUACUUCUUACCUUUGAGAGAGCAGGUAUCGUUGCGUUGUUAGGUGAGGAGGCGUUCUUCCAGGACGUGGCGGCUGCCAUGGUCCGUGUCGAGAUGGCCGAAGUUGCCAAUCUCAACUUGUAG